AUUAUCUGCAUUAACACCAAGGAAAUUAUAUUAUUUCUUUAAACACGUUAAUUUCAGUGUAUAUCUUGCAUUUUUUAGAACUUUGAAGUUAUACAAAUCAACCAUGAAUUUUUAGUAUAAUACUGAAUUCUGAAUGUUUAGUGUAAGGGUUCUCAACCUUUGUAUCGUUAAGAACCGCCUGAGUUACUGGACUUAUGACCCGAAACCCCUAGCAUCUGACAUCGAACAGAAUAUCAAUUUAGUGGCACUGCAAAGGAUAUUAUUUGAUCAGCUAUCUAAGUGCCCCACGCAUGUUAAUUUAGUGACUAACACUAACUCAGUAUGCAAUGGUACUGCAAAGAAUAUUAUUUGAUCAGCCUUCUAAGUACCCCAAGAAAUCUAAGUGUGAACCUGUAGGGGUUCACAAGCCCCAAGUUGAGAACCCCAUUGUUUAGAGGAAAGAGAGACCAAACCCCUUGUUUGUAGAUUUGGAUGUGGGUGGUGCAUCAGCAACCCUGUGCUGUAUAUCACAAGGCAGCUGUAUGUUCCAAGGCAACCUGCUUCUCUUUUCUUAUCUUUCUGGUGACAUUAGUGACCCCAUUUGUACUGGUGUACAGAAGUCAAGGGCUUUGGGUUCGAGAAGUCUACCAACGAGAACAGCCAGAUAUACGGUUCAAGCAUGAGGUGCUGCUAACUCUCAAUACCCUGGAGGGUCCACUUGUGUGGUCCACCUUUCCAAACUUCAAUACCCUCAUGGCUCGCCACCUGCGUGUCUCCUUUCUUCAGUCUCAUGAAGAAGACAAGGAUCAUGAUGGGAUGCAGGACAAGCUGGAACUAGAAGUGUCGGUGCCAUUGUCCUCAAAGGAGAUGGUGUAUGGUGUCACCCUCACACUCACAUUCUACUAUGUCUUACAUCAAAAUCAAGUUGUAUUGGAGGGCUUAGCUCACAUACAGCAUCAAUCUGGAGUACCUCUAGCUGGUCUCUCCACCUGGGGAGACCUCACUCUAAAUCAGCGCCAUCCCUUGCCAUCCACUGGCAUCUAUAACAUCUAUGAUAUUCCUGCUUUUCCCAGUUCUAUCUCUUCUGCAGCUGAUUGGAGGCUAGACAGCAUUUUAGCUGAUUAUUGGGAGAGGAACAUAACUACAAGGGUGACCAAUAGCUAUGUUGUGGAACAUACAGGAGCAGGUGGAGACAUGUUUACUCUCAGGUUGCAUCUUUACUACCCUCCCCAGCAGAUCUGGAUCAUUCCAAGUCUGGCAUUUCUACUUAAGAGUGCUUGGGUCCAGUAUCUCUCUGUCCUGGUACUAGUAGCAUAUCUCACAUCCUGCAUCAAACACUGGGUCUUCUCCUCCCGUCUCCUUCCUGCCUGGAUUCAGUAUCCUCAGAAUGCCCAUCAGUUAUUUAAGCGAGAUUAAACACACACACGCAUGCGGUCGAGGAAGGAUGCGGUCCUGACGCUCCGAGCAUCAGCUAAUCCUCACUACCUGUUGUUUGUGUUUACAGUGGCCUGGGCGAGUAGUGUAGACUCGUUUUCAUGAAUACAUUGUUAGAGAAGCAUGAGUAAGGAAGUGGAAUCAUGCAUGCUUUGGGGUCCGAGGGGUCUCCAAGCGCAUGGGUUCGAAUCCUGUCCACGGUCCAAGUAUAGGUUAGGCUUCCUUACUCAGGGCAAUGGUUUCCUAGCGGGUGGGCUUUGAGAUAGGAGAUACCCUAAAAAGUAUCCCCUUUAGCCCAUAAAUUCCUGUGAAAAGUCCACAUGGUAUAAAAAAAAAAAAAAUGCAGGUAUGAGACCAGGGAAAGAAUGUAAGAAGAGGAUGAAUAUGUUAAUGAGGGAGAGGGGAGAUUUGGAGGUUUUGAUGUGGCAAACACUGCCCUCCCAUAAGAAUGGAAAGUAGAUACAUGAAUAAAGGAGAGUAUGGAAAUUAAAGAGAAUGAAGAACAGGAAAAAGAGUUUCAGAACUUGAAAGAAAGGAUAAAAAGAGUGGAAGAAAAUGAAGCUAGGCUAAGAGCAGAAAA